AUGUUAUGGAUAUGGUUCUCCACUGGAAGAGUUGCUUCACAUCGAAUGCUCAAAAUGGAAUCUUUAGCCUCAUUCCAAUGUCUAUGCUCACAAAUUCAAUAUUUUGCUCAUGACCCACAAGGUUCUUUUUCCUCUAGACAUUACCAGAAGUUUCCAGAUAGUUCCAUUGAAUGCUUUUCUGGUGACCCACAAAGUUACUUUUCCUCAAGAAUCAUUCUUACCCCUAGAAUUGUACAUAAAACUAUAUCAAAUUGCCGUUCUGACAUUCUUGCAUUUUCAUUUUUCUUAUGGUGUGGAAAACAACAUAACUACUUUCAUGACAGAGCCACAUUGACCCAUAUGAUUAGUAUUGUUUCUCGGUUGACGCAGAGGUUUAGAACAGUGAAAGGGAUAGUUAAGGAAUUUGAGGAGGUUGGUUGUGUAAUAAAGCCACAAACUUUGAUGUUUUUGUUGAGAAUUUACUGGUUUGGUGGAAUGUAUGAUAGGGUCUUCGAGGCGUUUGAGGAAAUAUUGAAUUGUGGUUAUACUCCAAAUACUUUUUCUAGGAACAUUGUAAUGGAUGUAUUGUUCAAGAUUGAGCGUGUGGAGGUGGCACUUAGAGUUUUGAAAGAAACCCAGGUUCCAAAUUUUUUAACUUAUAGCAUUGCUGUGCGUAACUUGUGUAAGCUCAAUGAUAUGGUUAAUCUUCAGGAUGUGCUUAAGAUUAUGUUGAGGAAAAGCUAUUAUCCUAAUGAGGAGACAUUUUCUGUGAUUUUGAGUUGUUACUGUAAAGGAGGUCGGAUAACAGAGGCAAAACAAAUAUUAGGUCUAAUGAUAGUUUUCGGUGUUCCUGUAUUGGAUAGAGUUUGGGGUAUAUUAAUAGAUGGAUACUGUAAAGAUGGCAACAUGGAUGCUGCGACUCACUUGCUUGAGAAGAUGGUAGAGAGUGGGUAUUCGCCAAAUGUUGUAACUUACACGUCGUUGAUCAAGGGAUUUUUUGAGUCCCAGAUGCCAAGCAAGGCAUUUGGGAUCUUGGAUACCAUGGAAUCAAGAGGAUGCUUCCCUGAUUUGGUUUUUUGUAACGUGUUAAUAGAUAGCCUCUCUAAAAUGGGGAGGUAUGAAGAUGCAGUUAAUGCUUUCUUCCUUUUGCGGGAGCAAGGACUAACACCUGAUUCUUAUACUCUUUGUUCUUUGAUUACAACUGUCUGUCUCUCUAAGCAAUAUGUUGAAUUACCUCUGCUCAUAACUGGCUUCGAGAUUCAACCUGAUUUAGUUGCAUGUAACUCUUUUCUUAGCUAUUUCUGCAAAGCUGGUUAUCCUGCUGGUGCUAUUGAGUUUUACAAUGACAUGAUAGAUAGAGGUUUCGUAGCAGAUAAGUAUACCUUUGCCGGAUUACUGACUGGAUUAUGCAGCUCAGGUAGGAUAAGAGAGGCAGUCAAGGUGUACCAUGGGCUUGUUAGAAGUCACAGUGGGCUUGAUUCUCAUAUAAUUACUGUGAUAAUAAAUGGGCUAAUAAAAUCUGGUAAAUUUCACCAAGCUGUUAGCUUAAUCAAGAAAGCUGCUUCAGAGAAAUCCCAACUAGAUGAUGUUUCUUACACUAUUGCCAUUAGUGGACUACUUACUGGUGGUCAAGUUGGAGAAGCAUAUACCUUGUUUCGCCAAAUGAAGGAGGUUGGCCUAGCACCAAGUAAGCAGACCUAUAAUCAGAUUCUCUCAGGUUUCUGUAAAAGAAGUGAUGUUUGCAUGGUUAAAGAGAUCCUACUUGAAAUGCUUGAUGCUAAUACUGAAGUUGACCAUUACAAUCUGAGCUUGAUGAAAAAUCUCCUUUAUAGAUCCCACCGCCAUUCUGCUUCACUCUUAACUCUAUUAACUAACAUUUCAAAUUCCGGAAUCCUUCCAAGGGAAGCAUACAAUGAAAUGAUCAAUGAGCUGGUUCAUCAUGUAAACGUCAGAAGUGUGCAUGCGGGCACGUUUAAUAACCUUGAUGUUUGCACAUCCAGCUCAUCUGGAUGA